AUGGCCCUGGCUGGAGGUGUCGAGAGGGACGCAGUGCUGACUGGGCCCAUGGGAAACAUCAAGGAAGUGGGUGCUGGGGCCAGGCAGGGAGCAGGUCACGCCGGGGGUGAUGCCCUGAGCCGAGGGUUGGUGCCCUCGGCCCUGGAGCCCAGUGACACAGGCAGGGCCAGAGGUGUGACAGGACGCCUCCUCCUGCUGCUGCAGGCCCUGGGUGCCGUUCUCUGCUCCGCAGCUGGAAAGGCAAGUGGUGGGCACUGCCGCAAGGACCCGGCCAAGUGGCCCUCAACACCACACUGCCCAGCCCAGGGGCCCGGGAGGCCACUGGGACAAGGCCAUGCCCUCUGUGCUACCUCAGGACUCUGGCCGCUGCUGGGCAGCAUCCAGGGCACGGAGCCAGGGCCAGGGCUACGAUCUGGGACCACCUGUGCGCCUGUCUUCACCCGUAUGCGCUCUUCUCGUGCCGCUGGGCCUGGGGUCCCUGGCUCCUCCGUUCUGGGGCCCCCUCCCCAGUGCCCUCAGUGCCCUGCUGCGCUCUGGGAGGAAGCCUGGUGGGGGUUUGCUGUUCUGGAAGACCCACGGGCUGGACUGCUGAACCUGCUGGAGGCCUCGGGCGGCCAGCAGGGCCAGGGGCCCUCCCUGGAGGCCUGGAUCCCUGGGGAGCUUCAGUACUGGCUAAAGGCACAGCCACGCCCAGGCAGCCCAGGUGCCAGGGAGCCACGUCCAAGCCCAGCCCACGCCCUUGACCUCAGUCAGGGCAGCCCCAGGAUGGAUGCAGCUCAGGUCCACACACUCAGGGUAUUCCCGGAGGCCCCUGGUCUGGCGCAGCCACUGGUCAGCAUCUUCCAGCUGCGGGAUGCAGAUGUGAAUGCCCAUGUGGCUCACAUCUACCAUCUCCUCCAGCAGGGCAGCUUCAAGGAAGCAGCCAUACUGGGCACAGAGCUGAAGCCACAGCCAGAACUGCACAUUGAAAAGGACCAACUGAGCCUUGUGAAACGCUAUAUGACUGACUUGCCAGACCUGCAGAGGCAGCUGCUGACCCUCAUGGACUACUGGUGCCAGGCUGGCUUUGACAUCAGGGACAUUGUCAGACGCCCAGAGGAUUUCCGGCCCUCACUGGACGGGCGUUCCGGGCUGAGGACCCCUGCCCCGUCCCUCCUUGGCCGUGGCGUGUGGCUGUUCCAGGCGCAGGCUGCAGCGCCCACCGAGCUCAGCCUCUCCAAGACAGCAGCCUGCAGGUGUGGCCACUACAUGCCCAGCACACAGACCCCCCAAACCGGGGCUCAGGAGCAGGAGGAGAGGGACCACCAGAGCUGUGAGGUCUCGGGCCCUGGGCAGGUGGGCUCUGUGAGGACCCCAAUCCUGACAGGACACAGAGUGGUAGCUGAACAGGGUGCCAUCCUCUGGCACCUGCGGGUCCCGGAAGGGAGCAUGGGCAUCGUAUGUGUCCCCGGGUGUCCCUGA